AUGGCGAGCGCCGAAGGUUUUGCCGCCGUCUUCUACAGCGAGCCAGGGGUGCUGGGGCUGCUCGGCAACGUGGUCAGUGCCUUCCUCCUGUGCCUGCAGAACUUCACCGUGGCCACCACUGGCCUCGGGCCUCGGGUGGCAGAGCAGAUCCUGGCAGGCAUCCACCUCAUCCUGAUCGGUGGCUUUGUCCAGCUCCUGGCCGGAUUUCUCGCCUUCCGCAAGUAUGACCACCUGGGAGGCGCGGCCUUCCUCACCUUCUCUGCUCUGUGGAGCAGCUAUGGGGUCACACGGGUCCUGUCCGCCGCGUAUCCCGAGAACACAACGCUUCCCUCCGGGAAUGCCAGCCAGCUCCUGGACGCCGGCACAGCCCCACUCUCGGCCAGCCAGAGCGCCGUGGCCGGGCUGGUGGCCUACAUCGCCAUCUCCUUAAUCCUGUCCUUCUGCUCAGCCACCGUCAACUACAUCAUGCCCUUCAUCUUCGGGGCCAUCACACUGGCCCUGGCCUUCGAGGCGGUGGCGCUCUUCACGGACUGGGCCCUGGUGGUGUCCGGGGUGCUGGAGCUGGGCAUUGUCCUGUGCGGGCUGUACGGGGCCGUGGCUCUGCUGCUCAAGGGCAUCACCCAGAGGUACGUCCUGCCCGGCUUUGGGCACCCCCUCUUUAAUGUCCUGCUGCUGGGCUCGGCGCAGAAAAGCUCCUCCAAGGCCCUCGGGGAAGAAAAGAAGAAGAACACAAAGUACGCGGAGCCGAUGGCCCUGGGGAACAUCUGCGACACCGUGUCACCCUUCAUAUUCGCCUUUUACUUCUUUGGGUACAUGAAGACUUUCUGCGUGGGAGCAGCAUGGAUAUCCAUCAUCUCCAGCUGCCAGCUGCUCUCCAGCUUCUACAGCUACCUCAGAGGGGAUGGCUACCACACCACCAAGUUUGGUGUCCACAGCCUCUUCUGGCUGGUGAUGUCCUGGGAGGAGUUUGUGCUCACCGCCUUCCUCGGCCUGCCCAUGGCUCAGGACAGCAGGCUGGGAAUGUUUGGAGCCUGGUUCUUCCUGGCCACUGCCUGCCUGCUCUUUCUGAUGUCGAUCCACAAAGACACCCUGGAGAUGCUGCAGAACGCCUCCUUCAUCGUCCUCACCUCAGCCUUCGUCCACCAGAUCCCUCUGUCCGGCGCCCGGCCCUUCCUGGGGGCCGCCUGCAGCCUCUGCACCGCGCUCUCCCUGUACGCCACCUUCGCCAGCCUCAUCAACUCCAUCGGGGAGAAGGUUCUGAUUCCCGUGGGCCCCCAGGCCGUGUCCAGCUCAGCUCUCCAAGCCGUGCUGGGGGCUCUCAAGGCCCGGCUCUCGAGGUCCAAGGACGUGCCCAGCGGCACCGGCGCUGCCGUGCCGGACGCUUUGUUCUACAUCUGCAAUGGCCUGGCUGCGGCCGCCGCCAUCCAGGACAGGCUCGGUGAGCCGGGCAGGCAGCAGCUCUCCAUCCCCUCUGUGCUCAUCCCGGGAGCCCUGGGGCAGCUGUUCGUGUGCCGGAUCCAGGUGCGGGGCGGGAAGAGGUUCGGAUCCGUGCUCCCCUUCUGCUACGCUGUCUUCUGGGGAGCCUGGACCUGGCUGCGCCUGGCAGGCCACUUGCUGGACAUCGGGGCGGGGAACACCGAGGGAUUCACGGCCGGCUCCAUCGCCUUCUUGGUGCUCAAUGCUUUUUUAGUCAUUCUGGGGAAAUCAGAGCUGGGGCUGCUCAGUUAA